AUGACGACUUCUACUCAGAACGAUUUAGUGUCCGAAACGAAGCGGAAACGAGCUUCCGAAUAUGAAAUUCUUACUUUAGAAAUGUCGAGUAUUAGUUAUUCCUCACCUGCUGACUCCACCACUAACUCCUCAAAGCAACAAACCGAUCCUUCGACACAUACCGGCUCGAAGAAUGACCCUCACUCGCAACCCACUAAACGUGCCAAGUUGUUGUCCAACGAUAGCACGGAAGACGAAAAUAUCGUUGUCGAGGGUGACGAGACCUUUCGUAAACCAGAGGAUAACAACCUCAUUUCGACGAAUGAUAUAGGGGAAAAUGAUGGUGGCCACAGCGACUCGACCGGUGAUGAGAUGCAACUAGACAACGUUCAACCGGUGGUGCAAAAUCACAUGUCACAAGAGUUCUCUCGGAAUGGUACCCUCAAUUCGAACGGUGUUGGAAAUCACCUGAAGUCGAAAUUUAAUAUGGAAAACGGUGACGGUAAUUGCAAGAUAUCCUCGAAAAACACAAAAAUGGAAGACCUCAUCUCCGUCCGAACCCGUCCGAAGUCACUCCCAACGAACGGCGGAAAAGACAAGAUAACUCGAGGCAACGAUAUUCAUGAUAAUAAACUCGACAAUGAGAAAAUUACAAAUGAGUACGAUCAGAGGGUGGAACAGGAGAAAGUGGAUGCCCACGAGUUCAAGGUUUUAUUAUCCAAAAUUAUGGAUAUCUUGGAAUCCCGCGACGCACACCAAUUUCUGAGAAACGGCAGGGAUGGACAAGCUCUCGGCACAAAUGCCGAAGGUCAAGCGCUGAAUUCCACCAUUAUACGUGCUAAGAUCGAAAGCAAUCAAUAUAAUUCCUUGAAAGGAUUUCAGCAUGACUUUGUCUCCAUCAUUAAUGAUGCAAUGUUCAAAAACCCACAAAGCUACGACUUUGGAAGGCAGUUUAUUAGGUUCGGAUCUCGGUUAAUUGAACAGGCUGUUAAAGAGGUUCCGAGUGUCAAACGACAUCCAGGCGUCGUCCCUAAGAGGUCUCAGAAGAUUGCUCUUGUCCAACCAACAACCAAUGGGCACGUCUUCUCAAGUGGGAUACUGAAGCAGUCAAUCUUGGAUAAUCAAAAAUUUAAAUUAGUUGGUGACGCAAAAGACGUGGCGGUGAUUCCCCAACAAUCAAUGAAUGACAUUCCUUCCCUCGGUGCCCUCUUUCCCCAAAAGAUCAAGAAACCAGAAUCCGAAUUAUCUCAAGAUCUCGUCGUCCCCGGAGGUACGCGUGUCUUUCUGAUUACUUCAAUCGACUUUCUUGGCAAACGUGGGUGUGAUCGUUCGGGUUCAUAUUUGUCCUAUGAAGAUACGAUGAUGGUGUAUGCAUAUAAAAAAGCGAAGAAGGUGACAGAGGACGAGGAGAAUGAUGCAGAAAAAGAUGCCGAAAUGUUGACUGAAACUGACCAUGAUAACUUGGAGAACGAGAGUGCGACGACAUCCAACGAACUCGUUGAUCAGUUGAAUGAUUCGGAUAUUACCAUGGAUGAGCUUUUCGGAGAUAUCGACAUCGAAAUGAUAUAUGAAUCGUUGGAAGACGAGGACAAUAAUAAUCCUUUGUCGGACAAAAAGUUGGAUAAGAAUGUAAAAAUGUUUUUGGAAUUGCAAAGAUUGCAAAACAAAAGAUUUACAACAAAUCCUGAUGUUAUAACUUCGGAAGAGAGAAAUCUUGGCAUGAAGCUACGAAAACGACUCGCGGAAAUGAUAUCCGUUGUUCCACCAUCUAAACUAGUUCACCCUGGUUCCAUAGAAAAAGCCAUGACUAAUUUGCCCAUACGUGAGUCGGCAUUUAGAGGGAUGCUUCCGCCCAACAAUUGCCGCGCGUAUCCCUCAAAUGAAGUGUCCCGCGAAGCUUUUGAUAAUCCACCAAAUGUGAUCCGACCUUCGGAAUCUACUCAACUAACUCCUGCUGUUGCUCGACCAACGGUAAUGGGACCGCCACCACUACCACAAUCCCAAGCGCGACCACGACUUCAUCAAACACUCUCACAAAUUCAUGCACCACCACCACCGCAACCAUUUCAACAACCAAAUUCACAAAUCCAAGCGCCACAUUAUCACUCACAAGUACAAUCAUCCUCACAGCCCCAUUCGCAGGUACAUCCACAAUUGCAAGCACAACUGCGACCUCAACAACCGCCACCGCGUCCACAAGCAACGGGAUACCCGCCAGUGAAUUCACAUUUUAACACGGAAUACGGAAUUCCUGUCAGGGUAUCACCGCCCCCAAUCGAGUCAUGGUUGGCAAAUGCGGCCAGAAUAUUAGACUGA